UUCUUCAUCAAAUCAAAUCAACUACAUACACUCAAAAAAAAGAUAUGAAUCCUAUGUUUUACUUCCUUCUUGCCUUAACAACUGUUUUGGCCGCGACCGCCAGCGAACCAGUUCUCGACACUGAUGGUAAUAUCAUGGUGAUCGGUGGCAGUUACUACGUUAUCCCCCCAUUGUUUGAACCUCUUGGUGGUGGCCUCACUCUCGCUCCCCGUGGUGGCAACCAAUGUCCCCUCUAUGUCGGUGAGGAAUAUUCCUAUAGCAAGAGAGGUAUUCCCGCAAGAUUCUCAAACUGGAAGUCUAGAGUUGGAUUCGUUCCUGAAGCAGAGAACCUCAACAUUGAGAUGGAUGUCAAAUCUACCAUUUGCGCGCAGUCAACCUACUGGUGGCUCAACAAUAAUUUAUUAGUAGUAGGUGGUCCUAAGCCACAACAAGAUUCCCGGAGGAGUUUCUUCCAGAUCAGGAGAAAUAAGGGAAUUAUUGAUGCCUACACGAUUUCUUAUUGUUCUGUCCACAGUUGCCUAGAUGUUGGGAUAACUAAUGACCAAUAUGGUGUUCGGAGUUUGACUUUAGGCUCUAUUCCAUUCCCAGUUGUCUUCAUGAAAGCUAAUGGGACUGAGACGAUGACUUCCUCCAAGACUAUGUCUAUUAUCUGAAGAAAUUGAAAACAAAUCUUUUCUUUGUUCAAUAUUUUCUUUUUUUUUCAUCAACAAUCUUAUAUAUGGAAUGUGUUGGCAAAAAAUAAAAAAAUCAUAUGGAAUGAACCAUCUUUCCUUUGUUGAAAUGUAUUGGCUUAAAUAGUUCUCUUUUAAAUUUCUAUCACAAAAAUAGAUCUCAAAAAUUAAA